AUGCCCGGUCUAUGCGUGCUUUGUCUCACUGCCGUGCUCGCUGCAUUCACCCGGUUCGCGGAGACCGUGGGGCCGGUGGUCCGAUGUGAGCCGUGUGACGCCGGGGCUCUCAUGCAGUGCAAGCCGCUGCCAAAAGACUGCGCAGAGAUAGUGCGGGAGCCCGGCUGCGGGUGCUGUCUGUCGUGCGCCCUUGCUGAGGGUCAGGCGUGUGGAGUGUACACUGGGCGCUGUGGCUCCGGGCUGACUUGUCAGUACCAACCGGGGGAGACCCGACCACUGCAAGCCUUGCUAGAGGGACGGGGAGCUUGCUCCAGCGCCGCGUCCAAAAAACUCAGCACCAUUCUGCUCCCCGCGCAGAAACAAGGUAAGCGCCUCAUGGUUCUAAAUAUCGCUCUUUCUGUGAAGGUACUGAGCUGGGUUGGUCUGUUUCUGUUAGAGAACCCCUGUAGUCUUAGGGCUAUAGCCUGCGGGUUGGUGUUGGUGCGUAGGCUAUAGCAGGACACUUCUUUCCAUAGGCUACUGACUCGUGCCCGAUGCCAUGCAAACAUUUGCGCACGUUAUGGGUUACUUAGGCUAUGCCUACUCAUUAAAUAUUGAUGUGAGUUAAUUUGUGGCAAUCGGUAAUAUCUAGCCACUCAGCGGACUGUGGCUGCCUUGUGGCCGGCUCUCCAUGAGUACCGGACGGUAUGCCUCCCUCUAAGGGUCCGGUGCCCAAUACAAAUAGCAACGCUGGCCCUGCGGCGGUUCAGAGAGGAUUCACGCUGAAUAAGAUUAUGUGCAUUACAGUGCAUGUAAGGGGUUAAUAAAAUGUUGGGUACUGUAAAUGAGUGCCAUUAGUAUCGAAUCAGUUUUUUCUUAUUUGUAGUGUGAGGUUUAAGUAUAUAGCCAAUGUGUAAAUACGUUUUGCGCACGCGUAACCUAUUGCCAACAUAGCCAUGGCGCACAGUAUAUAUGGGCCAUACAGUAAUUAAACAAAACAAAAAAAUGCAUUGAAAUACAUAAUGGUUGUGACCUUUCUUUAGUUGAACAAUUUAUAUACUCUGUCAUUGGGUGUGAAAUGCACCAUUGGGAUUGAACGGAACCUGCGCAACUAUUUUAGCCCGUGGCAUUCCCUCAAUUCUGCCACUCGGCUCGCUAAGGCGCGCGCCACCAUAUGUCAGAUACACACUGUAGUCGUUGUUCUUUUGAGGACGACAUACUGACUCUCAAUACCAUAUACUGUGUGCUCUCUUGCGCUCUGCACACACGCAUGUACGCACACGCACACGCACACACACACACACACACACACACACACACACACACAUACAUCUGGCUGCCCAACCCAAUCGUUAGUGAAUGCCACAAAUGUGUAUAUUUUGCUGAAGCAGAUGUGCAAAGAUGAGCGUUUUGUGAAUGACGACUUUGUUAUGUCCAUAGGCCUACUCUCCUUUCCCAAACGCGCAGCUUUGACAUCGGGACACGCAGCAUGCAAAUACCCGUGGUUUUAGAGGUGGCCUGUCCCUGUUUUGAGCCAGAACUUUGCUGGGAGGGGAGAGCGGAGAAGGAGAGAAGGAAUCUGGUGAAGUGCACAUCUCCCGCUGUCUGUCUGCACGCAGUUAUUAGCAACACAACACCGAGGUGGGAACCGGGGAGGGACGACGGGUGCGCGAGCUGUGUGAGAACUACACCGGAGUGGAAAUAAACCCGCCUGCAGGACCUGACACACACACGCACGCACAUGCGCGCGCACACACUAAUAUGGACUUGGCAUACAUUUCACAUCCAUGUGAACCCAUACUUCCUCCACCUUGCAUUAUCACGAGGAAAGAGGGGAAGGCACUGUUUCACUCUGCCCCCUGUGGUGUUGUUGUGUGUUUAGUGGGGCUGUGUCAGCCCACCAGGCGUUGGUGUGUGUUUUCUCCUCCUAGUAAUUUGGCUUGGCCACAGUGGUGUGUGCUGAAGCAGUCCACUGUCACAUUGGCACACACAAAGGCUAUUGUUAGCAAGGUCUGUGACUUUUAAACAGCAGUCUGGCCUGCAGGCUGCUUCACUCUGCUCUGCUACUUACUUCAUCAUCAUCCACUUCACUUGUCACCCUAUUCCCUAUAUUACAUGUUUACAUUUUAGUCAUUUAGCAGACGCUCUUAUCCAGAGCGAUUUACAGCGAGUGAGUGCAUACAUUUUCAUACUGCCCCCCCGUGGGAAUCGAACCCACAACCCUGGCAUUGCAAACGCCGUGCUCUACCAACUGAGCUACACGGAGCCUAUAUAGUGCACUAUGGUCAAAAGUAGUGCACUAUGUACACUGUAAAACAUUUCCUGUUGUUUUUACAGUAACUUAGAGGCAGCCAGUCUCCUGUAAGUCACCAAAAGGUACAGUAUGUUACUAUACCGUAUUUUACAGUAUCCAAUACUGUUCCUGUAAUCUUUUUUACUAUUGUUUUUAUGGCAACUAACAGGCAACUGUCUACCUGUAAGUUACAGUAAAACAACAGUACAGUGAGUUACUGUAAUCUUUUUAUGGUAAUUGUAAUGGAUGAAUUAAUGGAUGAAUGAAUGAAAUUCAUUGAGGGGAGAUGGGGUUUGCAUUUUACAGUAUUUUACCGUAAUUGCAUGGGAUUGGUGCAAGCAGGUUGGCUGCUAAUGUGUUUACAUAUGACAUCAUAUCAAUGAAUGCCAGUUUGGAAGCCUUUGUCAAGGCCUCUAGAAGUACAAGUGAUAUAAAAUACCACAUUUUGAACUUUUAUAUCACUUGGACGUCUAGAGGCCUUAAUAAAGGCUUCCAAACUGGCAGCAAAUACAGGGCAAAACAGACCAAAGGACAUGGCAAGUACUCAACCAUUAAAGGUUUGCAACUUGCUGCCACACCAAUCCGUCCUCUAUACACAUUUAAUUGAUGUGGCAAUACUACACCUCAUACUCACAUACAAGGCACGACUCAAAAUAUGUUAAUGAGUCAAAAACAACAAUACCGUGCACCCACUAGUGCUCAAAAGGUUUGUGGCACUCCAAAAAUACUGCACUGUAUUCUGUGGGGUGGAAUUACAGUACCAUUCGAAAUACAGCAAUUAUUUCCCUGCCCACAACAUUUUCCCACAAUGCACCAUAAUUUACAGCAUGCUGCAGUAUAAUGCUUUACAGUAUUUUAUUGUUGAUAAAUGUACACAUUUACGGUAUAAAUCACAGUUUUCCAUUACAAUGUAAUAUUCUUUACAAUUAAUUUGAUAAAUCAUAAAAAUAUUAUACACACCUUGUUUGGUUGGUUCACUUUAGACCUUGAUGUCUCUCAAUUCGAUUACUCAGAAGUGUUUGAAAACAUUGCCAGUUGCCAAUCCCACAAUGCUGUCCAGUGUUGACUGCUAGCUAUAGCCCAUUGUCCUUCACAAUAACAAUUACAGACCAAACUGACCCUAGAACAGCCUCUAGGCCACUGUACCUGCCUCUAUCACACUGUUGUGCUCUGUGUUUAGAGUUGCUGAGAUGCCCUCAAAAGUAGUGCACUAUAUGGGCAAAAGGUUGCCAUUUGGGAGGCAUACCAAGAAUUUAACAAGGCCUCUCCCUAGCAAUUAGCUAGAGAGAUAAGAGAGAGAGCAGGAGAGAGCCUAGAGAGAUAUCGUCUAGAGCCGAUCUCAGAGAGAGAGAGAGAUCGAUUAACUAGCUCUCUCUCUCUCUCUCUCUCUCUCUUCCAACUCUCUCUCUUCACUCACUCUCUCUCUCUCUCUUCUCUCUCUCUCUCUCUCUCUCUCUCUCUCUCUCUCUCUCUCUCUCUCUCUCUCUCUCUCUCGCUCUCUCACCACAGUCAAAGCUGUUUACUCCGCUGCCAUUAGACAAAGAUUUUGUAAGAUGUUUAUCAGAAAAAGUAAAUUGAUGAAAUUAUAAUUUUUUCUCAUCAAUCUAACAACAUCAAUAAACCCCCAUAAUAACAAAGCAAAAACUGGUAUAAAUGUUUGCAAAUGUAUUAAAAAUUAAACACUGAACUACCCUUUGCUAUGAUAUUCGAAAUUGAGCUCAGGUGCAUCCUGUUUCCAUUGAUCCUCCAUGAGAUGUUUCUACAACUUGAUUGGGGUCCACCUGUGGUAAAUUCAAUUGAUUGGACAUGAUUUGGAUAGGCACACACCUGUCUAUAUAAUGUCUCACAGUUGACAGUGCAUUGUCAGAGCAAAAACCAAGCCAUGAGAUCGAAGGAAUUGUCCGUAGACCUCCGAGACAGGAUUGUGUCGAGGCACAGAUCUGGGGAAGGGUACCAAAAAAUGUAUGCAGCAUUGAAGGUCCCCAAGAACACAGUGGCCUCCAUCAUUCUUAAAUGGAAGAAGUUUGGAACCACCAAGACUCUUCUUAGAGCUGGCCGCUCAGCCAAACUGAGCAAUUGGGGAAGAAGGGCCUUGGUCAGGGAGGUGACCAAGAACCCAAUGGUCACUCUGACAGAGCUCCAGAGUUCCUCUGUGGAGAUGGGAGAACCUUCCAGAAGGACAACCAUCUCUGCAGUACUCCACCAAUCAGGCCUUUAUGGUAGAGUGGCCACUCCUCAGUAAAAGGCACAUGACAGUCCGCUUGGAGUUUGCCAUAGGCACCUAAAGGACUCUCAGACCAUGAGAAACAAGAUUCUCUGGUCUGAUGAAACCAAGAUUGAACUCUUUGGCCUGAAUACCAAGCAUCACAUCUGGAGGAAACCUGGCACGCUCCCUACGGUGAAGCAUGGUGGUGGCAGCAUCAUGCUGUGGGAUGUUUUUCAGCAGCAGGGACUGGGAGACUAGUCAGGAUCGAGGGAAAGAUGAACAGAGCAAAGUACAGAGAGAUCCUUGAUGAAAACUUGCUCCAGAGCGCUCAGGACCUCAGACUGGGUUGAAGGUUCAUUUUCCAACAGGACAACGACCCUAAGAACACAGCCAAGACAAUGCAGGAGUGGCUUCGGGACAAGUCUCUGAAUGUCCUGGAGUGGCCCAGCCAGAGCCCGGAUUUGAACCUGAUCAAACAUCUCUGGAGAGACCUGAAAAUAGCAGUGCAGUGACGCUCCCUAUCCAAUCUGACAGAGCUUGAGAGGAUCUGCAGAGAUGAAUGGGAGAAACUCCCCAAAUACAGGUGUGCCAAGCUUGUAGCGUCAUACCCGAGAAGACUUGUAAAUGUGGAUAUUUCAGUUUUAGAAUAAGGCUGUAAAGUAACAAAAUGUGUAAAAAUUCAAGGGGUCUGAAUACUUUCCGAAUGCACUGUAGACUGGGCUCACUCUCCCCUUAGAUCCUUUCCACUUAUUUCUGGUUUUUAGGAGUUGGUCGAAGUGAUUUGUCUGGUUUCGAGGUGAAGGGUGAGGAUGGAGCAGCUGUAUCUAUUCUGCAGCCAUUAUGUCAUUAUUGAUGUUUAUGUUGUUGUGUACAUAAUGUAGCCCGCCCCUCCCCACCCGCCCCAACCUGCACACCACUCCGCAAGCCAGAAUCUGGUUCUACUUAAUCCUUAUAAUAUGUGUUUGUGUGUGUGUGUAACUGCGUGUGUGUGUGUUCAUGUAAGUGUAUGUGUAUGUCUGUUUUUUUUGUUUGUGUGUAUGUGUGUAUGUCUUUGCCAAGACCAGUUGAAUGUGUUAAGACCACUGCUGGCCUGAUGAUCCCAGGUUCAAAUCCAGUGUUGUCAUUCUUUCCCUGAGUGCCUUCAGAUGGCCUGUGUGCUAAUGGAAUCUUAUUCCCCAUGGGCCCUGGUCAAAAGCAGUGCACUAUAUAGGGAAUAGAGUGGCUUGCGGAAGUAUUCACCCCCCUUGGCAUUUUUCCUAUUUUGUUGCCUUACAACCUGGAAUUAAAAUUGAUUUCUUGGGGGUUUGUAUCAUUUGAUUUACACAACAUGCCUACCACUUUGAAGAUGCAAAAUAUUUUUGGGGGUGAAACAAACAAGAAAUAAGACAAAAAAACAGAACUUGAGCGUGCAUAACCCCCCCCCCCCCCAAGUCAAUACUUUGUAGAGCCACCUUUUGCAGCAAUUGCAGCUGCAAGUCUCUUGGGGUGUGUCUCUAUAAGCUUGGCACAUCUAGUCACUGGGAUUUUUGUCCAUUCUUCAAGGCAAAACCGCUCCAGCUCCUUCAAGUUGGAUUGGUUCGGCUGGUGUACAGCAAUCUUUAAGUCAUACCACAGAUUCUCAAUUGGAUUGUGGUCUGGGCUUUGACUAGGCCAUUCCAAGACAUUUAAAUGUUUCCCCUUAAACCACUCAAGUGUUGCUUUAGCAGUAUGCUUAGGGUCAUUGUCCUCCUGGAAGGUGAACCUCUGUCCCAGUCUCAAAUCUCUGGAAGACUGAAACAGGUUUUCCUCAAGAAUUUCCCUGUAUUUAGUGGCAUCCAUCAUUCCUUCAACUCUGACCAGUUUCCCAGUCCCUGCCGAUGAAAAACAUCUGGUCAGAUGAGACUAAAAUGUAGCUUUUUGGCCAACAAGGAAAACGCUAUGUCUGGCGCAAACCCAACACCUCUCAUCACCCCGAGAACACCAUCCCCAAAUUGAAGCAUGGUGGUGGCAGCAUCAUGCUUCACUGUGGGGAUGGUGUUCUCAGGGGGAUGAGAGGUGUUAGGUUUGCGCCAGACAUAGCGUUUUCCUUGUUGGCCAAAAAGCUCAAUUUUUGUCUCAUCUGACCAGAGUACCUUCUUCCAUAUGUCUCCCACAUGCCUUUUGGCGUUCACCAAACCUGUUUGCUUAUUUUUUUCUUUAAGCAAUGGCUUUUUUCUGGCCACUCUUCUGUAAAGCCCAGCUCUGUGGAGUGUGCGGCUUAAAGUGGUCCUAUGGACAGAUACUCCAAUCUCUGCUGUGGAGCUUUGCAGCUCCUUCAGGGUUAUCUUUGGUCUCUUUGUUGCCUCUCUGAUUAAUGCCCUCCUUGCCUAUUCCGUGAGUUUUGGUGGGCGACCCUCUCUUGGCAGGUUUGUUGUGGUGCCAUAUUCUUUCCAUUUUUAAAUAAUGGAUUUAAUGGUGCUCCGUGGGAUGUUUAAAGUUUCGGAUAUUUUUUUAUAACCCAACUCUGAUCUGUACUUCUCCACAACUUUGUCAAAGACCUGUUUGGAGAGCUCCUUGGUCUUCAUGGUGCCGCUUGCUUGGUGGUUCCCGUUGCUUAGUGGUGUUGCAGACUCUGGGGCCUUUCAGAACAGGUGUAUAUAUACUGAGAUCUUGUGGCACUUAGAUUGCACACAGGUGGACUUUAUUGAACUAAUUAUGUGACUUCUGAAUGUAAUUGGUUGCACCAGAUCUUAUUCAGGGGCUUCAUAGCAAAGGGGGUGAAUACAUAUGCACGCACCAGUCUUCCCUUAUUUAUUUUUUUCAUUUCACUUCACCAAUUUGGACUAUUUUGUGAAUGUCCAUUACAAAAAAAAUCAAAAUCAAAAUCAAUUUAAAUUACAGGUUGUAAUGCAACAAAAUAGGAAAAACACCAAGGGGGAUGAAUACUUUUGCAAGGCACUGUAGGGUGCCAUUUGGGAUGUAACCAUACUGUCCAGCAUAGCACACAGGCUCAUGGGGCUCUGGUCAAUAGUAGUGCAUUAGGCAAUAGUAGUUCUGGCUGACCCUGAUCAUAUGGUGGAUAGUUCAUCCCUUUUCUAUAUUAGGGAGCGGUGUUUAAACCCCCCUCCUCCCCCCUCCUCUCCCUUCUCCUAUCUCACCCUCUGGCCCGGUCAGGUGGUCUAGGCUCUGCUCCGCUCUGUCUUUAACGAUUUGUCAGGAAUCUUUGCCAGCGACGUGGUCUAUAAAUAUCAGGAGCAAGCGACUGACUUCUCUCUCUCUCUCUCUCUCUCUCUCUCUCUCUCUCUCUCUCCUCGCUCUCGCUCUCGUCUCGCUCUCGAUCUUGAUCUCUCUCUCUCUGCUCACCCACUCUCUCUGUCUCUCUCUCUCUCUCUCUCUGUGUUUCUCUCUCUGCUCUUCCCUCUCUCUCUGCCCCCUUCCAUUGCUCUCCCUCUCUCUCUCCAUAACUCUCUCGAUCUUACUUUAUUUUUCAGUAUCACUCUCUCUCUCUCUCUCUCCUCUCUCUCUCUCUCUCUCUCUCCUCUCUCUCUUCUCUCUCUCUCUCUCUCUCUCUCUCUCUCUCUCUCUCUCUCAAUCUUGGGACAUAGAACAGCUUGCGAGGCACUGGUCUCAGUCUCAUUCUCAGGUCAUUAUAGUGGUUAGGCUAUUUCAGAUUCGCGAACUCUGGAACUCUGAUAGCAUCCAAACACACCAUAAUCUUAGUAAAGAUGUUUCUGAAACUAACAUAAUGGCGUUCCAUCUCCUUGCCAAUACACAGACCAUACUCAAUCUAACAAUGCACAUUCAACCUCAAGCUUUUUGGACUUUUUGGACAUUUGAAAACGUUUCUAAACCAUGACAUCACUUCCUGUUGUUUUGACAGAGAACACAAGCGGGGAGCAGGCCUGGGCGGGGGAUGAACGGCUUGCCAACGGCACCGUGAUGACGAACACGACGGUGGUGGUGGGCGCGGUAGGUGUGGAAGGCGGAGGUGGUGGACACUGGGGGGCGAUAGAGGCCAAACCGCCGCUGCACACCAAGCUGGACGUGAUCAAGAAGGAGCAGAAUAAGAAGAGGUGGAGCUACAAGGUGGAGUCAGUGUCUGGUGGAGUCAACACCCACAUGCACAACUUCUCCCUGGAGAACAAGAGGGAGACCGAGUAUGUAAGUAAUGACUAUGUCUAGCACCAUGGAUAAAGACACUUAACUAAUACCUGCCACCCCUAUCUCUCACAUACUGUACAAAUGACCUUAGCAAACACAGACACACACACGCACGCACGCACGCACACACGGACCCAUCCCCUCCCCUCAUGUGUUUACUGACACACACACUCACACUCAUAGGUCUAUCUCGUGGUUUCUUGUAUUUUUGUCAUGUGUUUGAUAAUAUACAUUCACUGAUAUUUAUAGUGUUAUUACAGUGAUAUUGAGAUGUUAGUACAUUUUUUAUACAUUUAUACUGACAUGUAUAGUGCUUUUACAGUGAUAUUGAGAUGUAAAUACAUUUGUAAUAUAUUUAUACUGACAUAUAUAGUGUUACUUUUGUUAAACAGAAAAAACAAUUGUGUUACUUUUGUACUUUUGUUAAACAGAAAACCCAAACCCAUGGCAGCAAAUCCACAAGGUCUGCCAUGAGAGGUGACUGUAUUGUUCCCUUAAGGAAAAGCACCUUUAGUCAAUCUGCUUUCUCUGUGAGAGCUUCCCAUGUCUGGAACACACUGCCAUCAGAAACACACAACUGCACCACAUAUCGCACCUUCACAAAAAACAUAAAGACAUGGCUAAAGGCCAAUCAGGCUUGUGAACAUAAUCCCUAGCUGUGUAUUGCCGCUUUCCAUGUUGUCUGUAGCUUGUGAGGUCUGGAAACACUUUGUUGCUUUGAUGUAUUUUGUUUUGUUGCUUUUUGUGCUAUUGCUCUGUCUACAUGCUACGUGUUGCUUGUCCUAUGUUGCUCUGUCUACAUGCUACGUGUUGCUUGUCCUAUGUUUCUCUGUCUGCAUGCUAAGUGUUGCUUGUCCUAUGUUGCUCUGUCUACAUGCUAUGUGUUGCUUGUGCUAUGUUGCUCUGUCUACAUUCAUCGUGUUGCUUGUCCUAUGUUACUCUGUCUACAUGCUACGUGUUGCUUGUCCUAUGUUGCUCUGUCUACAUGCUACGUGUUGCUUGUGCUAUGUUGCUCUGUCUACAUUCAUCGUGUUGCUUGUCCUAUGUUGCUCUGUCUACAUGCUACGUGUUGCUUGUCCUAUGUUGCUCUGUCUACAUGCUACGUGUUGCUUGUCCUAUGUUGCUCUGUCUGCAUGCUACGUGUUGCUUGUCCUAUGUUGCUCUGUCUGCAUGCUACGUGUUGCUUGUCCUAUGUUGCUCUGUCUACAUGCUACGUGUUGCUUGUCAUAUGUUGCUCUGUCUACAUGCUACGUGUUGCUUGUCCUAUGUUGCUCUGUCUACAUGCUACGUGUUGCUUGUCCUAUGUUUCUCUGUCUACAUGCUACGUGUUGCUUGUCCUAUGUUGCUCUGUCUACAUGCUACGUGUUGCUUGUCCUAUGUUGCUCUGUCUACAUGCUACGUGUUGCUUGUCCUAUGUUGCUCUGUCUACAUGCUACGUGUUGCUUGUCCUAUGUUGCUCUGUCUACAUGCUACGUGUUGCUUGUCCUAUGUUGCUCUGUCUACAUGCUACGUGUUGCUUGUCCUAUGCUGCUCUGUCUACAUGCUACGUGUUGCUUGUCCUAUGUUGCUUUGCAUGUGCUCACUGCUCAUUGAUUGUCUGUAUUGUUAUUGCAAUUGUUUUUAAUAAUCUGCCCAGGGACUGUGGUUGAACAUUUACCGUCUGGCUAAAACCGACACUUUUACUGAAACGUUGAUUAAUGUGCACUGUCCCUGUUAAAAGAAAAUAAACUCAAACUCAACUCAAUUUUUACAGGAUUUUUGCUGUGUUAUUACAGUGUUAUUACAGGGUUAGUACUGUGUUACUACGGUGUUAGUACAGCGUUUGUACAGUGUUAUUAAAGCGUUAUUACAGUGUUAUUACAGGGUUAGUAUACUGUUAUUACAGGGUUAGUACAGUGGUUAGUACAGUUUUAUUGAGGUGUUAUGUGUUGUGUGUGCAGGGCCCGUGCAGGAGAGAGAUGGAAAGUAUCCUGAACAGUCUUAAAAUCUCCAAUGUGCUCAACCCCAGAGGCUUCCGCAUCCCCAACUGCGACAAAAAGGGCUUCUACAAGAAAAAACAAGUGAGAACACGCACACACACCUAA